GUACCGACAUGUCGCUUCCUUUUUUUCCUAACGUUGGGAGGCCGGGCGCUAACGAAACUGAACUGAAUGGACCAGUAAGUUGAGAGAGACAGACAGACCCUGGGGAUCUCGACACACACCGACAGUCACGCCAUCGUGUCUUCCACGCAAGUUCAAUCAUUGCGCGACGGAUUGAGAACUCCCUUCUCUGUGCUUGGUUGGCAUCCACCUUUCUUGAACAGCCGAGGCAGACCAAUGGACUGAUCCCGCUCCUUGACCAAAGAACUAAACCGUCGCCUUUCGGAAUCUUGCUCUUGCGCCAGAGACCACCAAGAUGCGACCGAUAUUCUUACGCUCCGUGUUCCGGGUCGCCACCAUCGCCACGCCCAUUCUCCUCGUCCUCCACUACUUCGUCACCCACGUCCUCGCCCUCAUCCACAUCUUCUUCCAACACCCCGGCAUCGCCAUCACCCAGCGCGAAGUCGCCAAUGCCUACCUCAACGGCACCCUCCAGGAAUCGCGAAAGGCGCCUCAGAUCCCCAAGAUCAUCCACCAGAUCUUUCACAACUGGAAGGACCCGGCGAACGAAACGCUGCCGAGUGAUUGGGAACAACAGAGGCAUACUUGUAUAGACAUCAAUCCCGAUUGGGAAUAUCGCCUCUGGACACACAAAUCCUCCCUCGCCUUCCUCUCCACCCACUACCCUACCUUCCUCCCCGCCUACCUCUCCUACCCACACCCCGUCCAGCGCGUCGACGCCCUCCGCUACUUCCUCCUCUACCACUACGGCGGCAUCUACCUCGACCUCGACAACGGGUGUCUGCCGUCCAUCAAGUCAGGAUCAGGUUCAUUAGACGCCUUGACGUACUUCCCUCUCUGGAUCACCGAUGGCGGCAGAGGAGCGCUAAGUAAUAAUAUCCUGGCUGCUAGACCUAACCAUCCAUUUUGGGGACGGGUGGUGGCGGAGUUGAUAGAAGGGAGGGGGGCGUUGCCGCUUGGGAGCUUGACGGAAAGAUUAGCCGGGUUCUGGAAGCGGUGGUGGUGUUUGUGGGGGGUGUUGCGGUAUGUGGAGAUUAGUUGGGGAGUUGGACAGUGGUUUAUUGGUGGGGUGUGGGACGAGUAUCAUCGGAUGCUGCAGCUUGGGAAGAAGGAUGCCGUGGGAGGAAAAGUAGUACUUGAAGGGGUGGAUGAAGAGGUGAGUGGGAGGUUGUAUAGGCUCAUGAUGGAUAAUCGGCCGGGCAUGGAUGAGUGGGUGUUCUUUACGCAGGGCAGGGGAGGGACGUGGAAUGGGUGGGAUAAUCGGUUGUUUUUGGAGAUUGGAGACCAUUUGUGGAUAUUUUCCAUGGUGUUGGGAUCGUUGGUGGGAUUGAUGGGUUGGUUGGCGAGGAGGUAUUGGCGGGCCCAAAGAGGGAAAGGGUAUCGGAAGGUGAAGAGUGAGGACAUGGAAGAUAGAAGCGAGUGAGGCUAAGCAAGUGCUCGGGGCUUCGGUGUUGUCAAGCCUGGUGUCGGCCUUGUUUGUCGUCUUUGUUAGCAGAAAAGGUGGACGAGACUAUGGCUGGAUGAUUAAAUGCGGCCAAGACAGACAUUGGUUAUACCUGGAAUUUCGGAUCAAGGUUUUCGUUUGGGAUAAAAAGCACCUAGACACUGCAGCACGCGUUUAUAGGAAUUAAUGAACAUCUUUGUGGAAA